AAUCCCCCUGGGUCCCACUGCGGGUCCGCAUCCUGCAUCAGAGCCAGACGCUGCGGGAGGUCCAUGCCAACAUCACCGUGGAGGUGCAGGUAGUGGGCACUGCCAGCGAGGUGGUGGGCAUCACCCUGGAAACCAAACCCCGGCGGAAGAGCAAGAGGAACGUCCUGUUUGACAUGACACCCAGCUUCAAGGAUGGGCUG